AUGAGUGCCUUGCUCUUCUUCUUCCUCUCCUCUUCUUCUUCUUCAACGCUCAACCCGGCCGUCCCUCCGCUUGUCCGACGCACGAACCCAGGCCACCGCUGUCUGCCCGAUGUCCGUAUUCUGCAUCGAAUCGGUUUAGCUCUAAAGCUGACGUGCGGGAAUCAAGUCCAGUUCAAGGGGAAAGCGCUAGUGAAAGUGAAAGUCGACGUUCAGGAAGGAAGGAAAACCUUCCAGCAGGAAAGUGACUUCUAUUCUAAGAUUUCUAGUUCCGGGAAGAAGGGCAAGUCAAGCGAAAAAGCAAGUGGAUCAGAAAAUUUAUCUCGUGCUGGUAGCGAGAAGGAAGUAACCUGCCUUCCUCGUUUUGGCGAUGUUGCAAGGGUGGAAGAAGAAGAAGAAAGGUUGACAAAUGCUGAAGAGUAUUACGAUGUUGGCGGAGGAGAUGAUAAUGAAAGAGAUGGGGGAGGAAAUGACGAUGAAGAUGGGGGAGAAGACGAUAGUGAUGGUGACGAAGAGGAUGAAGAAUAUUCAGGAGGCGAUGAUGGUGAAAGUGGGAAGAUGGAAGUUGGGGUAGGAGAUGAUAACGAAGGAGAUGGGGGAGGAAAUGACAAUGAAGAUGGGGGAGAAGAUGAUAGUUAUGGUGAUGAAGAAGAUGAAGAAUAUUCAGGAGGCGACGAUGAUGUUGCAAGGGUGGAAAAAGAAGAAGAAAGGUUGACAAAUGCUGAAGAAUAUUACAAAGUUGGCGGAAGAGAUGAUAAUAAAGGAGAUGGGGGAGGAAAUGACGAUGAAGAUGGGGGAGAAGACGAUAGUGAUGGUGACGAAGAAGAUGAAGAAUAUUCAGGAGGCGACAAUGGUGAAGGACAUUUGCAAGAUGAUGUUGCAAGGGUGGAAGAAGAAGAAGAAAGGUUGACAAAUGCUGAAGAAUAUUACGAAGUUGGGGGUGAAAAUGAUAAUGAAGGAGAUGGAGGAGGAAAUGACGAUGAAGAUGGGGGAGAAGACGAUAGUAAUGGUGACGAAGAGGAUGAAGAAUAUUCAGGAGGCGACGAUGGUGAAGGAGAUUGGGAAGAUGAAAGGUUGACAAAUGCUGAAGAAUAUUAUGAAGUUGGCGGAGGAGAUGAUAAUGAAGGAGAUGGGGGAGGAAAUGACGAUGAAGAUGGGGGAGAAGCCGAUAGUGAUGGUGACGAAGAGGAUGGAGAAUAUUCAGGAUGCGACGAUGGUGAAGGACAUUGGGAAGAUGAAGAAGAAGAAAAGUUGACAAAUGCUGAAGAAUAUUACGAUGUUGGCGGAGGAGAUGAUAAUAAAGGAUAUGGGGGAGGAAAUGAUGAUGAAGAUGGGGGAGAAGAUGAUAGUGAUGGUGAUGAAGAGGAUGAAGAAUAUUCAGGAGGCGAUGAUGGGAGUGUUUCUAGAACGCUUUAUCACAAUAUUAUCUUCUGCCGAGAAUAUCUAAGAAUAUCGAGAAUAGAAGUUGCGGACAAUGAUGAAGAGUGGGAAGAAGAUACAUCUAGUGAAGUUGAUGAUGAAGAGUGGGAAGAAGAUACAUCUACUAAAGAUGAUGAUGAAGAGUAG